AGGCGGCAAUGCGGCACGUCUUGUAUACAAAAUUGUCGAAAAGUUUCCAUGUCUGUAAUAAAAUAUCUCAAAAAUACAGCGUAGUUAUUGUUUUUCGAAUAUAAAUAAAGUGAAAUAUUUGUCUUUGAAAAGCCGUUCAGUUUUGUAAUAAAGCAAUAUGUCAAAAGAUAUCAGAUCGUUUUUUAAACCAUUAGUAAGUAAAGCAGCUCCAAAAAAAGAGCCAGUGCUCAUUUCCUCUGAUGAAGAAGAUGGUAAAUCGUCUAAAAUUGCGAAAAAGGAGAAGGUGGUAGAGAAAAAACGGAGGAAACAAGUUUUAUCUGAUUCUGAGGAUGAUGAACCUGUUAAAAAGCAGAUUCAUAAGAAGACAGAGGAGAAAACGGUGGAAAAUCAUAAAAUUGUUUCGGCAUCGGAUAUAUUUGGCAAAGGUCCUAUAAAAAGGGAAGCCGCAACUAAAGUUGUCAAAAAACCGAAGGAAGCGAAGGAAGUUAAGAAAAAUGACAAGAAGGCAAAUAAAAUCAAAAGCGAAUUGGAAUUUCAUGAUGACGAUAUUAAUUCAUCGCUUCUUGAAUUAGUGCGUCAGGAAGAAAGUGCAAGUGAAUCCGAGAAACUUGAAGAAAAGAAACUUAUCAAAGACAACACUUUGGAAAAAAAUGAUACGAAACCAGAUAUAAAGAGAGAGAAAUCGCCCGAGAGAAAGGCGAAGAGAGAAAAAUCCGAGGAAAAAUCAUCGCUCGAGAAAAAACCGAAGAGAGAAAAAUCCGAGGAAAAAAUAACGCCCGAGAAAAAGACGAAGAGAGAAAAAUCCGAAGAAAAACCAUCGCCUGAGAAAAUAAAGGCAAAGAAAGAAAAAUCCGAAGAAGAUAAAACCCCCGAGAAAAUAAAGGAGAAAAAAAUAAAAAAGGAGAAUGACGAUAUAAAAGUGGGAGUUAAACGUAAAUCAACAAAAACUCCCAGUAAAUUAGAAAUCGAUAAAACUGCCAAAAGUUCUACAAAAAAGGCAAAAUUAGACGUGUCCAACGAUAUGUUUGAGGAAAUAAUCGAGAAGAAGAAACAAACUGCAGCUUUGUAUCAACAAUUUUUACAUCGUGGCGGUGCUCGUAAUCCGGGAUCAAAAGAAAUACCCGAAGGCGCCGAUUUUUGUCUCGCUGGUAAAAGUUUCCUCGUGACUGGAGUUCUUGAAUCCUUGGAACGCGAAGAGGCCGAGGAAUUAAUAAAAAAAUACGGCGGUCGCCUACUUACUUCAAUUUCACGUAAAACUGACUAUGUGAUACGUGGCGAUCAACCAGGACCUUCGAAAUUAUCAAAAGCCGAAAGUUUAAAAAUUCCAAUAAUCACCGAAGACGAAUUAUUGGAUUUAAUUCGUACCCGACCCGCCGGACGUGGCGAUAAAGUUAUACAGUCGCAAACAAAAUCAAAGGAACGUGUGCGUGCAAAAUCGCCUGAACCCGAGCCAAUAAAUCCCAUUUCGCCGCCUAGGAAAAAGAAUAAAUUGAAUGAUUCGGAGAAAUCUUCAGAGAAACCUGAGAAACCUUCAGAGAAACUUGAGAAAUUUUCAGAGAAACCUGAGAAACUUUCGGAGAAAUUUCCGCAAAGCGAGAAUAAGGAGAAGAAUAGUGAAAAAUCGGAAAGUGGAAAUAAAUUGAAUGGCGAGACGGUGAGUUUUUCGAGGACCGAAGCCCUUGUGGAGAAGUAUCGUCCACAAACGAUGAAGCAAUUAAUCGGUCAACAGGGCGACAAAAGUAAUGCGAAAAAAUUCCAUUAUUGGCUGAGUAAUUGGUACAAGAAUCGUAGUUCGAAAGUGAAACCCGCGAGGCCAACGCCUUAUACGAAAAAUGACGAUGGAGCAUUUUUCAAAGCCGCUCUACUCUCUGGUCCACCGGGAAUUGGAAAAACAACGACUGUUUAUGUUGUCACCAAGGAACUUGGUUACGAUUUACUGGAAUUCAAUGCCUCCGACACGAGGAGUAAAAAAUUGUUAAAAGAUCAUGUCACUGAUUUACUUUCAAACACAACCGUCAAGGGUUACUUUACCGCAGACGAUAAAGCGGAGAAAUCAACGAAAAAGCACAUUCUUCUGAUGGACGAAGUUGAUGGAAUGGCAGGAAAUGAAGAUCGCGGUGGUCUACAGGAAUUAAUUGCUCUAAUUAAAUCCACUGACAUUCCAAUAGUCUGCGUUUGUAACGAUCGAAAUAAUCCAAAAAUGCGAACAUUGUCGAAUUAUACAUUCGAUCUUCGCUUCCCGAAACCGAGAAUGGAACAAAUCAAGGGAGCGAUGAUGUCAUUGUGCUACAAGGAAGGAAUAAAAGUGAAUUCAGAGGAAAUGAGUCAAUUGAUUGAAUCAACGAAUCAGGAUAUUCGUCAAGUUAUCAAUCAUUUAGCAUUAUUGGGAGCAAAUAUUGAUAGUAAUGAUGAAAGUCACUCUAAUAAGAAAGCAAUAAAUAAGGAUAUGAGACUUGGUCCAUGGGAUGUUGUUCGUAAAGUUUUCACUGAAUCGGAACAUAAAACAAUGAGUAUUCAUGAUAAAAGUGGUUUAUUUUUCCACGAUUACAGUAUUUCUCCAUUAUUCGUUCAGGAAAAUUAUCUUUCCGUUGUUCCAAAGGCGCCGAAAAGCGAACUUUUGGACAGAGUGGCAAAAAGUGCUGAGAGUUUGUGUAUGGGUGAUAUAAUUGAAAAGUCAAUUCGAAGUAAUGGAUCGUGGUCAUUAUUACCAACUCAGGCAAUGUUUUCGUCUGUGAUUCCCGGUUCUUUAAUGUCCGGUUACAUGACAGGUGCAAUUAAUUUUCCAGCCUGGCUUGGUAGAAAUUCGAAACGUAAUAAAAUGGAUAGAUUAUUACAAGAGAUCACGGUUCACGCUCGCACAACGACAGGAGCUAGUAAAGAGGCGAUAAAUUUGGAUUAUUUGCCACAAUUGCGAGAUGCCAUCACGAGACCUUUAAUUUCAGAAGACGUUGAUACUUCUAUCGAUGUUAUGAAUCAGUAUCACUUAACAAGGGAUGAUUUCGAUUCAAUAUUAGAAGUUUCUCUAUGGCCUGGAAAUCGAAAUCCGAUGCAGUUCAUUGAAACAAAGGUAAAAUCGGCAUUUACACGAGCUUACAAUAAAAAUGCCGCAACUGCAGCUUACGCUUUGAAUGCGACUGUCAGCAAAAAGAAGAAAACGACAGCUUCACAGGAAGAUGAAAUGGAAGGUUUAGAGGAUGAGGAAGCCGUCGAUUCCGGAGAUGAAGAUGACGAUAUUGAUGUUUCGAAAUUGAUGAAGACUAAAAAAGCAGCAGCAAGUAAGAAAGGUUCGUCAAAAGAUGAUGAGAAACCGUCGACGAGUAAGAAAAGUUCAAAAACUGAUGAUAAACCAAAAAGAGGAAGAGGUCGAGCAAAGGCACAAUAGAAAAUUUUCGAUGAAGUUUGUACAAAAAGAAAAUAUUUUCAUUUUUUUAUCUGCCUGUUUUUGACAAAAAAUGAAUAUAUACAUUUAUUUAUAUUUUUCAAUUUUUUUUUGCAUCUUAUUUUUGUUCUAUUCUUCUAAAUAAUAGGAUAAUUAUUUUUUUUUUAUAAUUCUGUUUACAAAUUAUUUUUGAUUCUAUUAUUAUCAUUUUCAAACAAUCAUCAACGUCAUCAACGUCUAUUUAUUUAAUAUGCAGAAAUUGUGAUAAAUUACUGUAAUCGA